CGUUGAAAAAUAAAAAAUUAAAGUCAAAGAAGAAAAAGGAAAAAAUGAAGAAUAAAAAUCCAUUUGAAUAUCAAACAAUGUCCGAUGAAGAUGAUGAUGAUGAUGAAGAAGAAGAAAGUUGUGAUGGUAAUUCAUCUGAUCGUAAUGUAAACAUUGAAAAUAAUCAAACAACAACAACGACACAACAACAACAAUUAUCGAUAAAUAAUCAUUGUCAUGAUUUACAAAUGGAUAAUAAUCAACGAAAAUUUGCUCGACAAGCAAUGAUAAAAUUGAUUAUAACACUUAUAAUCAGUAUGAUGUUUAUGAUAAUUGAAAUCGUUGGUGGUUAUCUAUCACAUAGUUUGGCAAUAUUUACAGAUGCUGCACAUUUAUUUAGUGAUCUAAUAAGUUUUGCAAUUAGUUUGAUUGCUAUUUAUUUGGCACAAAAAUCACCAACACGUUCAAAAUCAUUUGGUUAUUUACGUUUAGAAGUUAUCGGUGUACUAUUUAGCGUUUUCUUGAUAUGGUUUCUGACCGGUCUUCUUAUAUAUUUUGCAAUCAAUCGUAUUAUUUCGAAUGAAUUUGAAAUUGAUUCAAUAACAAUGAUGACAGUAUCAUCGAUUGGUUUAGCAUUUAAUCUUGUAAUGUGGUUAACAUUAUCAUCAAAAUGUUGUUGCCAUAGUAUUAAUGAUGAAAAAGAAGAUCAAGAAACAAAUGGACAUCAUCAUUCACAUAAUCAUAAUCAACAUAAUCAUCAACAACAUGGUCAUUCACAUAUAAAUAUGAAUGUUCGUGCAGCUAUUUUACAUAUAAUUGGUGAUUGUAUACAAUCAAUUGGUGUUAUAAUAGCAUCGAUUAUAAUACAUUUUCGUCCGGAUUGGAAAUUAGCUGAUCCAAUUUGUACAUUAUUAUUUGCCGGAUUAGUAUUCACUACAACAUAUUCAAUAAUGAAAGAUAGUCUUCAUAUUCUGAUGGAAGGUUUUCCAAAUGAAUAUCAAUAUGAACAGGUUAAACAAAUGUUAUUGGAACAAAUUCCCGGUGUAAAAAAUGUACAUUCAUUACAUAUUUGGUCAUUAACACAUGGUCGUAAUGUAUUGGCUGUACAUUUGACUGUUGAUUAUCCAGAUGAUGAUAAUACCGAUGAUCAUAAUGACCGUAAUCAAUUUGAAUUGAUAAGAGAAAAAGCUGAAAUAUUGAUACGAAGUAAAUUACAAAUAUCAUUGACAACCAUACAGAUUGAAUAUCAUCGACCUGAUAUGAUUCAAAAUUGUAGCCAUUGUAUUGGACCGAAAACAUAAAGACACAAAUAAGAUACAAUAAUAA